GGCUAGCUUCACAGAAUCCAGCGGCGGUGACGAAUCCAUCCAUGGCGGAGGACCACCGCCGUGACCGCGCCCGGCAGCGGCGGCCAGGCAUGCUCGUGGUGGCAGCGCUCGGGGCUCUCGGCCUCCUCGCCCUCUCCGGCACGGUGCUGGCUGCCUCGGUCGCGGGGCUGGCCGUGGCGGCGCCGUUGCUCCUGCUCGCCAGCCCGGUGCUCGUCCCGGCAGCGCUGCUUGCCGCUCUGACGGCCACCGGCAUGACCUUUUCAGGCUCGCUGGCCGUCGGGGCGACAGCGCUGCUGUCACGCUUGGGGAGCGCGGUGAGGAGGGCGGCCGCAACCCCGCCGGACUACGUCGAGUUGGGGAAGCGGCGGGUGGCAGAGGUGGCCGGGGAGCAGACGGCGCACAUUGACGCCGGACCGGCGAUCAGUCCAGAGCAAGUGGCCCGCAGCCGCCGGCCAUACGGUGGCUCUCACGCCUUUAUCUCUUAUUAAAAUGAAUGAAUGUAUGUAUCAUCGUGUCUAGCUCCUCUAGUAGCAAGUGCUGUAAGCAUAAU